AUGGCUCGUCCUGUAAUGAUUCCCCAAGAUGCUAUGGACUUGAUUGAAGGUCUCCUCUUGACUCUCUUCGCUUUUCUGACAAUGGGGGCACUGUUGUUGUGCAUAGCCCAAACUAAGAGGCCCGAAUUCGACAACCCUCAACCCGAAGGGCCAAGCGAGAACCAAAGUGAGCAAAGGAAAAAGGCAAGGCAUGAGGCAUGGAUGAAAUUGAUCCAAGAGAAAAAUGUGACCUGUGAAAAG